AUGGAACCUGUUAGUAUUACGAAGAAGUGCAAAAUAGGUCACCUAAAUAUAAGAUCUCUGAUGUCAAGCUUUGACGCAUUUACGGACAUGAUGAAUGAGGAUGAUUUUGACAUUCUUGCUCUAACGGAAACAUGGUUAAGCCCUGAUAUCACAAUGGAUGUAGUUAACAUCAGAAAUUUCAACUUUUUUCGCAAGGACAGGUUGUCUCGUGGUGGUGGUUGUGGUGUUUAUAUUAGACAAGACAUACGUGCUGAGAUUAUUGAUGAUGACGUCACGCUAAACACAGUUCCGUUUUUAGAGUAG